UUUUGAUAAAAUAAAAAUAAUGUUUCCGCAAAAAUAUAUAAACCAUACCAUUGCUAAAACCAAGUGACAUAAUAAGAAUUGUGUAUAAAAUACAUGUACAAAAGGGUACUAGAAAUGCAUACAAAAUAAUUAUAUUAUAUACGCCACACCAAAAGUGUUUAAUUGCAGCAAGUUCCUCUUAAAUCGAGCCGUUUAAAUAUAAAUAAAACACAAUACACAACAAUAAAAAACGUUUGCGAAAUUCAUCACACAUCAUUAGAAAUUCUAAAUCACCCGUUUACGUCGUGAAAAUGUACGCGCAUCAAAGCAAAAUGCCGACGGCAAGUCGUAACUGUAACGCGCUAAUCUGUGCCAUAAUCGUCGCGUUCACUUGUUGCCGCAUACUGCCAACCGUACGCGCCGUGCAUCGGUAUGAUCAAACGCCGGUCGAAGCUAGCCCUUAUUACCGCACCUCCGCAUCGGGUGAAAUGAUCAGUUCAUCGGCGAUGACAAGUGAUGCAUUUCCGCAUCAUAAUCGCUGUGAACCGAUCACAAUUUCCAUAUGUAAAAAUAUACCCUACAAUAUGACAAUAAUGCCGAAUUUAAUUGGUCAUACGAAGCAAGAGGAAGCCGGUUUGGAGGUACAUCAAUUUGCGCCGCUCGUCAAAAUCGGUUGCAGUGCCGAUUUGCAGUUAUUCCUUUGCUCUUUGUAUGUGCCCGUUUGUACGAUACUCGAACAACCCAUACCGCCGUGUCGUUCGUUAUGUGAAUCGGCGCGUAUCUGUGAGACACUCAUGAAAACGUAUAAUUUCAAUUGGCCGGAGAAUUUGGAGUGUUCGAAAUUUCCCAUUAGCGGCGGUGAGGCUUUGUGUGUUGCCGAGAAUACGACUUCGUCGACGCCGACACCGACGCGCAGCAUACCGAAGGUAACGCCGCGCAAAAAUUAUGCAGACAGUCCGCAUCGUAAUAUCGGUUUCGUGUGUCCGGUUCAAUUGAAGACACCCCAAGGAAUGGGUUACGCGCUCAAAGUUGGUGGAAAGGAAUUACGCGACUGUGGCGCACCAUGUCAUGCCAUGUUCUUUCCGGAAAAAGAACGCACUGUACUCCGCUACUGGGUUGGCUCAUGGGCGGCUGUCUGUGUGGCAAGUUGUCUAUUUACGGUGCUGACCUUUCUCAUUGACUCGUCGCGUUUUCGCUAUCCGGAGCGUGCCAUUGUUUUUCUCGCCGUUUGCUAUCUUGUCGUGGGUUGCGCGUAUGUGGCCGGUUUGGGCGCGGGCGAUUCGGUGGCGUGUCGUGAACCCUUUCCGCCACCGGUGCGUCUCGGGCGGUUGCAGAUGAUGUCGACCAUAACGCAGGGUCAUCGUCAAACCACCGCUUGCACGGUUUUAUUUAUGGCGCUGUACUUCUGCUGCAUGGCCGCCUUUGCUUGGUGGUCGUGCUUGGCGUUCGCCUGGUUUUUAGCCGCCGGCCUCAAAUGGGGUCACGAGGCGAUCGAAAAUAAAUCGCAUUUAUUUCAUUUGGUCGCCUGGGCCAUACCGGCGUUGCAGACAAUUUCGGUGCUGGCAUUGGCCAAAGUUGAAGGCGACAUACUCUCCGGCGUUUGUUUUGUCGGUCAACUGGAUACACACUCACUCGGCGUAUUCCUCAUACUACCACUCUGUAUUUAUCUCUCGAUAGGCGCACUCUUUCUACUCGCCGGCUUUGUAUCGCUCUUUCGCAUACGUACCGUUAUGAAGACGGAUGGCAAACGUACGGAUAAAUUGGAGCGUCUCAUGAUGCGUAUCGGUUUCUUCUCGGGGCUCUUCAUAUUGCCGGCGCUCGGUUUUCUCGGCUGUCUCUUCUAUGAGUAUUAUAAUUUCGAUGAAUGGAUGAUACAAUGGCAUCGCGACAUUUGCAAACCCUUCUCCAUACCAUGUCCGCAGUUGCGCCAGGAUGGUUUGGAAUCGCGGCCCAUCUUUCAGAUUUAUAUGGCCAAAUAUUUGUGUUCAAUGUUGGUGGGCGUUACGUCGAGCGUGUGGUUGUAUUCGGGUAAGACGAUGGUGAGUUGGCGUAACUUCGUCGAGCGGCUGCAAGGGAAGGAUCCGCGUACGCGUGCUCAGGCUUACGUUUAGUUUAGUUUAAUAUUUAAAAUGGUCAAUAUUAUAAUUAAGGCGUGUAAGAGAGAUUUCGUUGCGUGAGUGAGUGUAAUGUGUGUGUUGAGUUUUUUUUAGCCUUUCUCUUUAGUUCCGAGUAUAUUUUGUAAAAUAUUUCAGUAAAAAUGUUAGUGUAGUAUCCCAAGUCUCCUAAAAAUUACGUAACACAUAUAGAUAUAUAAAGCCUUGUUGUUUAUAUCAACUGCUCAAUAGGUUAUUUGCACUCAAAUGAAUUGAGUGAAAGCCAAAAUGUUAGGUUAUGUGACAAUUAAAACUACUUAAGAAAUGAGAUUAUUAAGUACUACUUCUGCUUAUGCUUGUGUGUGUGUGUUUAAAAAAUAUUUGUAUUGAGUGUUACUUAUGUAGGUUUGUGCUAUUUGUAAUAAUUAUUUGAGUUUGUAAUAUAAUUGAGUGUUUUAGCCAUUUUUCUGAAACUUUUGAGUGCAAAUGUUAAAAAAGUACAGUGUGUUAAAAAGCUCAGCGAUUUCCAAACUUUUUAAAAAAUAUGAAAAAAUAAUCAAAAUUAAAUUUUAAGUGAAAUUUUUGUGUCUGAGUGCUCCAAUUGUACGUAUUAUUGAUAUAAUGUAGUUUACUUUUAAUUUUGAUUGUGUAAAAACUUAACGGAUAUAAUUAGUUUGUAGUUGUAAAAGCUUUACAUGUGCCCUAAACAUAGUUGGAAAGAAGUAAACUUUUAAUGUAUUAUUCCACAGACAGGAAGAGAAGGCAGUUGAGAAGUUCAAAACAUUCAAAAAUGUGGAAAAUUGGCAACAUAGUCAGGUGCAAUUUGAAAAGAGUUUAAAUUAUAAAAGGUCUUUAUACAUUUUCGGUAAGAAAUCAAUUUUUCUUAUUUCCUCGUAUAUGUUAUUCCCGGUAUUUUAUUCUUAUUUCCACCUACAUAUAUGUGAUCGAGAGCCUAAACAGCGUACUUCUCGCAAUUGCUGGCUAAAAAGCAAUAGGCUCUUUUAAGUAGCCGUAAGUGAUUUAAGAGCACUCCAUUUGUUAAAUACCAUCAAAAUGAUUAAGAAAAGUGUAAUUAAUAUAUGACUUGUUAAAGAAAUAUAAUAACUUUUAAUACUGUGUUUCAUAAGUUCAUAAAAGUCAAUAAGCUUCUGGAAGGGACUCAAAGUCAUUUUAGAUCACUUAUGUCAAUAAACAGUUAUAAAUUUAUUAAAUGAACCCAAGGCAAUUUUAGAUCACUCCAUAUGCCACAUACCACUAAGAUACCCACUAAAAGUAUAAAUAUUUUUACAAUUUCUUGGAGAAAGCACUUUAGUAUUGUGUUUAACAAGUUCAUAAAAAUCAAUUGGCUUUUCGAAGGGUAUCAAAGAAAUUUUAUAUUACUAUAUUAUUCAGAUAACAACAAAAUAGCUACCUAAAAUUUGUAUUUUAAUAAUAUUUUGGCGGAAGAAUCUUUAAAUGGACUCAAAGCGAUUUUAGAUUCCUCCAUUUGACAGGUAACACCAAAAUAACUAUAAUUUCCUAAAGAAGUAUCUUUCAACGAUGUGUUUCACUAGUUCAUAAAAAUGUAUAGACUUUUCGAAGGAAUUCAAAGGCAUUUUAGAUCACUCCGUUUCUCACAUAACACUAGGAUAUACAUCAAAAAUAAAAAUAUUUUUUAUAAUUUCUUGUAGAAAGCACUUUCAGUACUGUGUUCCACAAGUUCAUAAAUUUUAUUAAUUUUGAUUAAAAAUAUGGGAAGUACUUAAGCUCAGUUAUUUUACAUCUCUGCGCUUAUUUACAAAAAAUACAAAGCAUUUUAAGCUGUCGUGCUCUAAUCUAAUCAAGCUGAGCCCAAAUAACGACUUUGAGAAUUUUGCCUUGGCUUUUCCAUAAUUUCUAGUACCUAGCUUGUUAUAUCUGUCUUUGCUGAUCGUGGUGUGGAAUACAACUUUGUCAAAUGGAAAAAGAGAUUCCGAAAUACGUUCGUUUAAUUCGAGAUCAUUAUACAGAGAUAUAUUGAAUAUAUUUUCGGACCUACAGAAUCAUUCACCGAUAUUUUUGUCGAAUUAUACAGCGAAAUAGCUGAAGCAACGGUUUCAAAGCACCUUAGUCUAUUUCGAGAAAAUCAAUAUGCCGACACACAUAUUUUCGCACCCUGUUAUAGGUUUAUUUAUGCAUUUUCGAAGACUUAAGCGCAAUAGCUGAUGUGGAUGUGAAUGUGGAUUACACAGACUCUAAUCCGUCACUCUGCUUAGUUGGGUUCUAAACAUGUAAAGGUCGAGUUUUUACGCAAAAUGUAUCGACUUUUCAAUAGGAUAGUUCUUAAUAACGUUAUAAUUGUCCAAAAUUAAUAAUUAUCAUUUCGUUAUAAUUUUCCUAUAAUCAAAUCUGCAGACGAAAUUUGUUUAUUAAUAAUUUCUAAAGUUCUCCAAACUGCCUUCUCUUCAAAAUUAAGCCUAAAAACUCGAAAAUAUAAAACAAAAAAAAAAUUCCAAACUACAAAAAAAAAA